UAAAGCUUGGUUUUUGUUUUUUUUUUUUUUCUGGGUUAAUUCUCUCGCGUGGCCAGCUGGUAACUGGUGAAACGCUCCUGGAGACGCUGUGCCAGAGGAGACAGGGCGGCUGGGUGAGAGCAGGGCAGGCCCGUUGGCCCAGCCAUGCCUCCCCAGGGCUCAGCGGGUGCUGGGAGCCCCAGGGGCCUGCAGGACGGGGGGACCACCCUAGCGGGGUUCCUGCAAACAGCUUAACAGCUACCAGGGGCUCACAGCUGCCUGAAGCACCUUCACUGCAUUUUACAGCCUUUUUUUUUUUAAGAGUCCUUCUUCCUUUUCUUUCUGUUUUACUUUUUAAGUUGUCUGUGACAUAAGGGAUAUGUAUUUUUCCUUUCCUUUGUUUCUAAGCUUUAAAUGUCUGCAUUUAUUCUCUCUUGGGUGUAUUGGGGGGGCUGCAGCUGUUCAGGGUGAAUUUUGGACUGCUUGACACUGUCUAUAAUCUGUUAUGAAUUUGGAUUUUAAUUUUUCUUGGGAGUCUGGAGAAUAGACUUGAGGCAGUGGUGCGAAGUUAGCGGAUCGUACUUAAAGCAUUGUUAAAAUGUGCCCUUGAGGGAUGCUAGGAGUAUGGUGUACCCCCAGUGAAGUACAGGGCUAUAGAGCAGGUGGAGAUUUGAAAUCUAUCAAAACAGUAUUCUCUCCAGUUUAAUAAAAUAUUGUUUAAAAUGUUUUUUAUUUGUUAUUUUCUAAAGUGCUAUGAGAGAGGUGAAGUAAGGAUACUUGGCAGUUAAAAGAGAAGCUCUGAAGCAGUGUAAGGGUGUUUGGUGGCAGACGUUACUGCCAUCCAGGCGUUGCAUCGCUGGAUCUGCGUGUGGAUUCCAUUGUGUGGUUCACAAGCAGACUGACCCAGCUGAGCGAGAGUGCUGCCAUUCUGCUGUGAGACAUCCUGUGCACCGCUGGCCCUACCGCUUCCUUGAAAUAAUACUGCUGUAGAACCUGCAGCUUGAGCUAGUACAGAUCUUGCUUUCUUGAGCUGUGUUGUGAGAGGAUCUGAAGGGCUUUAUAUGGUGAAUGGGCCGCCUAGUUUCACAGAGAGCACAGCGUUUCAAAGGGACUAUGGAAAAAAUUGCAAAGCUGUUGCUUUUAGCAAGGAUGGUUCCCUCUUUGCCUGGUGCAAUGGAGAAAAAGUAAAUAUCGUUAAUGUCACCAGUGCUGAGUUACUGUGUUCCUUUGAUCUUCCAAAGGCAGUUUGCCUUGAAUUCUCGCCAAAGAAUAAUGUUCUGGCAACAUGGCAGGCCUACACAACUGCUAAAGAUGGCACAGCGGGGGUGCCCAACCUGCAACUUCAUGAUGUGAAAACUGGAAAAUGUUUUAAGUCUUUCAUCCAGAAAAAGAUGCAGAACUGGUGUCCUUGCUGGGCAGAUGAUGAAAGUAUUUGUGCCAGGAAUGUAAACAAUGAAUUGCACUUCUUUGAAAACAACAACUUUAGUACUAUUGCAAAUAAACUACAUUUGCAAAAGGUUAAUGAUUUUGUGUUAUCUCCAGGAGCACAGCCAACCAAGGUUGCUGUGUAUGUUCCGGGCAGUAAAGGUGCACCAUCGUUCGUUAGACUCUAUCAGUAUCCCAACUUCGGUGGCCCUCAGUCUGCACUAGCUAAUAAAAGCUUCUUUAAAGCUGACAAAGUGACAAUGCUAUGGAACAAAAAAGCCACUGCUGUGCUAGUAAUAGCUAGUACAGAAGUUGAUAAAACAGGUGCUUCGUACUAUGGAGAGCAAACUCUGCACUACAUUGCAACAAAUGGAGAAAGCGCUGUUGUACAAUUGCCGAAAAAUGGUCCUAUUUAUGAUGUUGUUUGGAACCCCAAUUCUGUCGAGUUCUGUGCUGUGUAUGGUUUUAUGCCUGCCAAAGCAACCGUUUUUAAUCUGAAAUGUGACCCUGUGUUUGAUUUUGGAACCGGUCCUCGCAAUGCUGCCUACUACAGCCCCCAUGGACACAUCCUAGUGCUAGCAGGAUUUGGAAAUCUCAGGGGACAGAUGGAAGUGUGGGAUGUUAAAAACUACAAACUCAUUUCCAAACCAGUAGCCUCGGAUUCCACAUACUUUGCUUGGUGUCCUGAUGGGGAACAUAUUGUAACAGCUACGUGUGCUCCCAGGCUACGAGUCAGUAAUGGUUACAAGAUAUGGCACUACACUGGCUCUCUGUUACACACCUAUGAAGUUCCAUCAAAUGAAGAAAUGUGGCAGGUUUCCUGGCAGCCCUUCCUGGAUGGAGUGUUCCCAGCAAAAGCAGUAAAAUACCAGGCAGUUCCCAGUGAAUUGCCCAGUGCUGAGCCAAAGCCCGCUCAAGCGUACAGACCUCCAGCCCUGAGAAACAAACCUGUAACAAGUUCCAAGCUUCAUGAGGACGAGCCACCUCAGAAUAUGAAACCACACUCGGGAAGCGGUGAUAAGCCACUCUCUAAAACAGCUCUCAAAAAUCAAAGGAAACAUGAAGCAAAGAAGGCUGCUAAACAGGAGGCCAAAGCUGAUGUGAACCAGGAAUCCACACAGUCCUCAGCCUCACAGAAUGCACCACGGAGUGCCAUGCCUGCCGUAACAUCAGGAGAUCCUGAAGUUGACAAGAAGAUAAAGAAUUUAAAAAAGAAACUAAAGGCAAUUGAGCAGCUGAAAGAACAGGCAGCUGCUGGCAAACAGCUAGAGAAGAAUCAGUUGGAGAAGAUUCAGAAAGAAAAUGCUCUCCUUCAGGAACUGGAAGAUCUAGAACUGGGUCUUUAAAAUUUUGUGGAAAUCCAGUGUGGCGUUAACACAAAGUUCAUGCAAAAUGUAAUUUGUAUUAACUUGAACACAAUAAAAUGUUUCAGCAAAUGACUGAGGAUGCAAAAGUCCACAGACUUGCUGCACACUUGCCUUUUAAAAAGCUUUCCUGAAGAUUUGUGCACAUGUGAAACCGUAAGCAAGUUAACAAAUAUCACAUCAGCCAGUUCUGCUGCUGUUCAAGCUAGAAAAGUGCUUAUGUUCUUAAAACAUACUGCCUAAAAACCAGAAGCCACCGGUUGGUUUAUCUUUUCCUUGUUUGGGUGUGAGGGAGGGAAGGUGGUGAGGUUUAUCCCUUUGAUAGCUUUAUUAUAUUUAAAAAGAUGUGAUCUUUAUGCAAUAAUGGGAUGUAGAU